AUGUUCUAUCAACCCAGUCUCAUUGCCGCCUCGGUGCUUUUCGCCUCGGCUCGCGCCCACAUGAUUAUGAGCCACCCGGUCCCUUAUGGCAAAUCCACCCUCAACAAUUCCCCCUUGGCUGCGGAUGGUAGUGACUUCCCUUGCAAGCUGCGCGACGGAGUGUAUGACUGGCCCUCUGCCGAUGAGAUGAACUACUUCGAACCCGGAGUGUCUCAGGUCUUGAACUUCACCGGUAUCGCGGUUCACGGCGGUGGUUCCUGCCAGGUGAGCUUGACCACCGACAUGCAGCCCUCCAAAAGUACCGUCUGGCAGGUCAUCAAGUCUUUCGAAGGCGGCUGUCCGGCCAACGUCGACGGCAACCUGAGCGGCGAUGCCUCGACUCCCGACCCGUAUCAGUUCAACUUCACCAUCCCGGCUGAGUUCUCCGCUGGUAACUACACGCUGGCUUGGACCUGGUUCAACCGCGUCGGAGCCCGCGAAAUGUACAUGAACUGUGCGCCCAUCACUGUCGUCGAGAGCACGGCCCAGAAGCGUUCCGUCGAGAAGCGCAGCACCUACCCCGACCUCUUCGUCGCCAACAUCAACGGCUGCACCACCACGGAGGGCGUGGAUAUCCGCUUCCCUAACCCGGGUGAUGUGAUUGAAUAUGAUGGAGAGUCAUCCCGUCUCGCCGCCACGGAUGCUGCUGCUUGCACUGGCGUGUCUACCGCGUGGGGAGGCAGCUCUACCACCGCGGCUGCAUCGGCUACUACCACCACGACCACUACUCCCGUAGAAAUUACCGCCACUGCCCCAAUCGUGGCUGUCGAGACGACUUCAGCAGCUACUGACACCGCUGUCCUCACGACCGCCGCCGCCCCUACCGCUACUACGCUCCCCGGCCGCCCCAAUGGACACCAGCAAAACGCCGUUGCGACCACCUCGACUUCCACCUCCAGCUCUAGCACUUCCACCAGCAGUGCUCUGUCCGGUGUUUUGAAUGGCGCCUGCAGCCCCGAGGGGUCCUGGUGGUGCAACGCGGGCACUUCCUUCCAUCGCUGCGCCAACGGAGUCUGGACUCCGUCGCAGGACAUGGCCAUCGGAACAGUCUGCACAGCGGGCCAGUCGUCCGAUCUGACCAUUUCCCUUGCUAAAAGCCGUCGGGACGAGCAGCGCAUGCGCCGUCGUCAGGUUGUCUAA